UCGAAGGAGCGGGUCCCGUUCCGCACGCCGAGCAAAACCGAAAAAGACCGCGAGCUCGCCAGGCACCGGUGGCGCCUGUUCGAUCUAGCGCCCUCUGAAAGCCCGUCGCGCACGGCCAGAGUUCUUCAUCUCCAACCCGUGGUAAAAGAAAACAGAACCCGCGGCGAAGACAUGAGUGGCACGGCGCUGGGCCAGCCGCCCGUGGAAACCAAGAAGACCGUGUCCGGCGCCAGAGUCCAGCAGCUGCAGGCGACCAGGGAAGCGACCGGCGGCUCCGCGGCUGUCCAGGCGCUCAACAACCUCGGCCUCGCGCUCUUCCAGCAGGUGGCCGAUCACCUGGACAACCACAACGCGCUGCUGUGUCCGGCGGCCGUGGCGGCGUCCCUGUUGGCGUCGCAGGCGUGCGCCGGGGGCGAGACGCGACAGCAGCUGGUCGAGCUGCUGGUCAAGGCGGGGGGCAAGCUCGAGCACCUGCAGGAGGCCACGGUGAGCGCUCUCGAGGCGCUCGAGGGCGACACGGCCAACGCAGAGGCCGCCCUCGCCUACAGGAUGUUUGUGAGCCGAAACCUCGACGUGAGCGAGGACUGCCAGGAGGAGCUGAAGUCGCAGCUGCGCUGUGCCGUGCACCGGGUGUCGUUCCACGCGAGCUCUCCCGAGGAGGUCGCGGACGCCGUGAACAGCGCCUUCGCCGACGGAAGCCCGCUCAUCGGAGAGGUACUGGCGCCGGACGCCGUAGACCCGACCACCAAGAUGGUCGUGGCCUCGGCCUUCCACUACAGGGGCCUUCUCGAGCCGCCGUUCCAGCGCAACCCGACGGAGCGCCGCUUCAAGCCGAACCUGACCACCGAGCUGCUGCUGGAGUUCGAGCGAAGCGCGGGCCGCUUCAUGCACGCCGAGAUCGAGGACCCCGUGGCGGCCAAGGUGCUCGAGCUGCCCUACCGCGGGGGCGCCGCCUCCCUGUUGCUCCUGCUGCCGGACAGGGCGCGGCGACUGAACGACCUGCGGCAGCAGCUCACGCCGGCGUUCCUCGCCAAGCUGUCCGGCUGCCUGAAGCCCAAGCACGUGCGCGUGGAGCUGCCCCUCGUCAGGAUCGAGGCCAGGUACUCGCUGAACACGACGCUGAUCCGCGCGGGCGUCAAGCAGGCGUUCAUGCCGAGCGCCGAGUUCACCAAGCUGGCGCCCGGGGCCGAAGUGCGGCUCGGCGACCUGCUGCACAAGGCGACGCUGGUGCUGGACGAAGGCAGGCCCGUGCCCACGCUGCCCGUCGACAAGCUCGGCGAGGAAGAGAAGCUGCAGCUGGCCAGGUCGCCGUCCGUCCUGCCGGCCGACGUCCAGUUCGAGCUGACGCGCCCGUUCCUCUUCGUGUUGCGAAGGACCGGCGACGGCUGCAUCCUGCUCGUCGGCGUCGUCAGGGACCUCAAGAAGCUGCGGUAGCGAGCCUACCGUUACGGGCUUCGGGGCUUGGCCGCGACGUCUUUGUCCCCCUUCUUACCCUUGUCGUAGUAAAGCAGCUUUGU